GGUCAUGGCCCGCACCCUGCCCCUGUACUGACCUGUGGGUCAUGGCCCACACCCUUCCCCUGUACUGACCUGUGGGUCAUGUUAAGGAUGGCCCGCACCCUGCCCCUGUACUGACCUAUGGGUCAUGUUAUGGUCAUAUGGGCUUGGAUGGUCAUGGAAUAAACAAGUUAACUGCAUAAUGUGGCAUCAAAGUCUGCAAGGAGAAACCAUACAAUUGAGGAAGCCAAGAAACCAUGUGAUAAUUUCAAGCUGCUUACCUACUCUGAAAACCUUGAUAGCAAAUCAUUCAGUUUGUUCUGGAAGCAUUUGUAGUCACAGAUUAAGCAUCCCCCUGGUCCAGGACCCUCAGUCUACGGACGCCAAUCGACGAAAUAAAACUGGUCAAUCAGCAACACAGCCAGUUGCAGCAGUUGUUACCAUAUUGACCCCAGUCAAAACUAGGAGCUCAGAGACAAUCAGCAACACAGCCAGUUGCAGCAGUUGUUACCGUAUGACCCCAGUCAAAACUAGGAGCUCAGAGACAAUCAGCAACACAGCCAGUUGCAGCAGUUGUUACCAUAUUGACCCCAGUCAAAAAUAGGAGCUCAGAGACAAUCAGCAACACAGCCAGUUGCAGCAGUU